CCAAUAGCAUUGUAGUACGACUUGCAUAACAUUUUCUCUUUUGUGAAAAUGUCGUGCAGCAAGAAUAUUUUCAUCCAAAUUCUGUGGUGUUUUUCCUUGAUCACUCUUAGUUCCCAAACACAGAGUCAUUACACUUUUGAAGUUAGAGAAGCCCAGUAUACCAGACUUUGUUCCACAAAAAGUAUAUUGACAGUGAAUGGAAACUUUCCAGGACCAACUAUCAGAGUCAACAGAGGAGACACAAUCUACGUUGAUGUUUACAACAAGGGAAACUCCAACAUUACUUUACACUGGCACGGAGUGAAGCAGCCAAGGAAUCCAUGGACAGAUGGUCCAUCAUACAUCACUCAGUGCCCCAUCCAACCUGGUAUGAAAUUCAGACAAACCUUGAUUUUUUCUUUUGAGGAAGGGACCAUAUGGUGGCAUGCUCACAGUGAAUGGUUAAGAGCCACUGUCUAUGGUGCUAUCUAUGUCUAUCCAACCAAGACUACUCCCUACCCUUUUCCUCAACCCGAUGCCGAGAUUCCCAUCAUAUUUGGAGAGUGGUGGAUUAAUGAUGUCAACGAGGUCUUCAGACAGUCUUCUGAAACCGGAGCAGCCCCAAACAUAUCUGAUGCUCUCACUAUAAAUGGUCAACCCGGGGAUCUCUUGCCUUGCUCAAUUCCAGAAACGUUCAAGUUUAAUGUAGAACAAGGGAGGACUUAUCAUCUCCGAGUUAUUAACGCGGCACUGAAUCUGAUUCUCUUCUUCUCCGUUUCCCAACAUAACCUCACUGUUGUUGGUUCUGAUGCUGUAUACACCACGCCAUUGACAAGGGAUUACAUUUGCAUAUCACCAGGACAAGCAAUGGAUGUGUUGUUGCACGCCAACCAAGAACCUGGUCAUUAUUAUCUAGCUGCAAGGGCAUAUUCAACUGGGCUUGGUGUUGCCUUUGAUAACACCACAACCACUGCUAGAAUAGAGUACAGUGGCAAUUACACUCCACCUUCAUCUCCUUCAUUACCCAACCUCCCCGACUUUAAUGAUACACAAGCAGCUUUGGACUUCAUCACAAACUUGAGAGGCUUGCCUGAGAGAUCCCCCAGUCCAGUCCCAACAAACAUCACAACUCAAAUAGUCACCACUAUUUCUGUCAACACUUUGCCAUGCCCUAAUGGCAGAAACGACUGCCAGGGUCUAAAUGGAACCAUUUUCUCUGCUAGCAUGAACAACAUAAGCUUUCAAACCCCCGACAUUGACAUUCUAAAAGCCUAUUACUAUCAUAUCAAUGGGAUAUACGAACCGGGAUUUCCCAGAUUCCCACCUUUUACAUUUAACUUCACUGCAGAUCUUUUGCCUAUAACGUUGAAUACACCAACGAAAGAGACUAGGGUUAAUGUGCUGAACUAUGGUGCAACAGUUGAAAUUGUUUUCCAAGGAACAAACGUUGUUGGAGGGAUAGACCAUCCUAUCCAUCUCCAUGGGUACAGUUUCCAUGUUGUUGGAUAUGGAUUAGGCAAUUUUAACCAAAGUCAAGAUCCCUUGAAUUUCAAUCUCGUUGAUCCUCCUUACUUGAAUACUGUGAUUGUGCCAAUAAAUGGAUGGGCUGCCAUUAGAUUCGUGGCUGUGAAUCCUGGGGUAUGGUUUAUGCACUGCCAUCUAGAACGCCACCAAUCUUGGGGCAUGCAGACAGUUUUUAUUGUGAAGAAUGGAAACUCUUCAAGUCAAAUGUUGCCACCGCCGCCGCCAGACAUGCCCCCAUGCUGAAGAAUAUUCUGGACUUUCUCUGUUUAAAGAACUUUACAUUGAAAACAAUAAGUUAAAUGUUUGUUUUACCUUACCUCUCCGGAAGGCAUGUGUUCCAAAUUUGAGGAAAUGAGUUCUCCGAGUGUAUUGCUUUUUGUAAUAAUUCACUUGUUCUUUUAUUAUUUUUGUUUCAGGGCAUUAUUAAACGGUCUUUUAAUUAAGAUUUUCUUUCGGCUAUUAAUUGCUUGGUGUGUGUAGUCUUUGGUUUUGGUUAAGUGUCACAUGACCAUCGCCAAGUAAAAAUGACAGCAGACUCAAAACAUUAUCGAUUGCUGGCUAUAUAGAG